UGUCAAGUUUUGCGAUGACUUUUGUGAAGAGAAAACUCGAUACACAAAUGCAGUGAAAACUUAACAAAAAAAAACAAUGUGAAAUUGCUGUUUCUCCCUUGCAAUAAUGAAAACAGUAACAAUAUAAAUAUUUUUGAAACACCGGCGAUAUGUUCACCAAAAAAUCUCAUCAGGAUGUUAAGAAAUCUACAGUUAAAAUACAGGAUUCUAAAAAGGACUCCAGCACCAGGUUAAAGCAUUUAAAGAUUGUUUUAGAACAUUUUGAUGCUGAUGAAGCCAAAAAUUACUUUGAAAACAACUUUAGUCAUGUGUAUUUUAUUUUAUAUGACAAUUUCAUACUAGCAGAGAACAACCUUCGACUAAGAGAACUUCCGUUUCACCUAGUUCACAAAGCGGGUAGAGAAGAACUAGAAGGGGCUUUAUCACUUCUAGAAAAAGUAUUGUGCCUUCUACCAGAGUUGAUCGGCAAAAGAUGGCAGUUGCAUUCGUUGACGCGGAUAUUUUCGAAACUUCUACACAGCGGCAAUUCACAAAGAUUAAGAGCAGAUUCGAUAAAGUACUUUCUUUUAUGGUAUCAAGCUCUCGGCGACAAUGCACCACCGGAGGUCAACAAAAUGUUUGCGUCUCUAGUGCCGGGGUUACCUGACACAUGCUUACCAGUCACCGGCUCACCUUUUAAAGCAAAACCGUUCGACGUAGUGACCAACAUAUCGAGUGAAACGGGCGACUUCAAGAUGGAGGAUAUCAUGCAACAUCCCAACUUCAAUGUAGACAACGCAAAAAAGGUUGUAGUCGAACAAACACCGACAGGGAUAAUGGGAAAGUUAGCCAACGUGUCUGCCUCAAUAUUCCAUGAUACUAAUGCAUUAAAUCCAGUCCAAAGUGUUGAUAUCCAGCCCCUGUUACCACCGAGUGCAAGUGAAAGACCAGUCGACAAUGAAACAAAGUAUUUUUUCGAAAUACUUUUAGACGGUAUGGCCACUACGGUGACCAAAGUGCAAUGGAAAGAUAGAUCGCACGCGAAAGCUAUGAGAAGCUUCGCGUUCCUGUUGGAGAAAUUUAAAAUGUACUACUUACCAAUAAUAUGCCCACAGUUCAAUCACAAAAAUUCUCUAUACAAGCCCAAUCUAGAAUUACCCGUUCAACACAACAUAUUAGAGGACGACUUUGUAUUGUGCCGCGUAACCCUAAUCAAGUGGGUGGCGAAUUACGUGCACUUUAUGAAGAAACCCAGCAGUGAAGCCGGUCAGCCAUCUUCGAUGACCAGCACCGGGUCUCAGUUCCCUCACUCCGGCACCCCUACACCGGCCCAGUCUCUGCAUCACGAGGAAGAGACUUCGUUCACAGUGGGUCAUCCUUCUGACUCCAGUCGGGCGUCGUCUCAUGACUCUGCGUCUAUCACGCCUCACCCUAGCUUAGAAUCAGCAGGCUCAGGCAUGUACGAGGAAGUGAGUUCGGAGCAAGUUGUUCGCGACGUGCUCUGUUGCUGGUCCCGCGAGCACGUCGAUUUCACCGUGGAAGUGUUGCGUCAAGCGUUCCUUUUGCCGUUCUCUCACGCGGCCGCCAUACGCCGCGUUAUCGCACUAUACAAGGACUGGAUACAAAUGAAUGUCGCGGAAAUACCUCCGUUUUUGAUGGAGAGCAUAUACGAGCAGCAGCUGGCGCAGGGCAGCGGCGAGCCGUUGGCGCCGCCGCGGCGACUGCGCAACGACUCGUACCUCGGUGCCAUCGGCCGGGACAACGUCAUGGUGCGGGCGGGGAUGCAGAACGUGUUACAAAUAUUCAUGACGCAAGCGGCGAACGUGUUCGUGGCGAGCGCGUCGCCCGUGGCGCCCCCCGGCGGGCUGGGCUCGCCGCAGCUGCUCGACGAACAGACGGACACGUGCAAACGAGUGCUCAACAUAUACAGAUACAUGGUUAUGCACGUCGCCAUGGACGCCGGAUCCUGGGAACAAUUACUUUUGGUACUACUGCAAAUAACGUCUUUGGUCCUGACAAAAGUGCCGCCUAAAAGGAAACAAGAUACACUAGGUGGUUUCCUGGCUCCGGCGUUAUUUCAAACGUUGAUAGUGACGUGGAUUAAGGCGAACUUGAAUGUGGCCGUCAAGCCAGAGUUAUGGCAGAACUUCAUGGAACUGCUGACUAGACUUACACAUUGGGAAGACUUGAUAAAGGAGUGGGCAAAAACAAUGGAGACUCUCACACGAGUAUUGGCCAGGCACGUGUACUCCCUGGAGCUGUCGGAGACCAACACGGCGCCCGAGGGCCGCGGCCGGGGGCGGCGCCCGGCGCCCGCGCCAGUGAACCCGCGCCCCAUGCCUCUGCGAAGGCCCACGCUUGCCACCAGCGAUACUAGAACGCCUGGCAAAUCUCCACGGAUAAGUCACGAAUCUCACCCGCGCAAAGAGGCGGCGCUCCGCAGACCGUUAGCGAGGUGUCGCAGCGACCCGCACCUGCCGAGACACGCACAGGCGCAGGUGCAACUCUGUACAGAUGAGAGCAAAGAACUAGUGAGCAGUAAAGCGAGGCGGUGGUAUUCCUUGGACUCGUUAAGGCAGUCGUCGCAACAAGAAGAGAGAGACUCCGGUAGUGAUUCGCGCUCCCCGUCACCGGCUCCAUCUAGCGGCGUUGAAAGUAGCUCAAUAAAGGAUUCGCCAUUACAAAUAGACUUGGCUUCAGAUGGUGGAAACGUUGAAUGGUCGGAGACGGACGCGGGCGGCGGAGUGAUGGGCAUGAUGGGCGCGGGCGUGGGCGCGGGCGCAGGCGUGGGCGUGGUGCUGGGCGGCGCGGCGCGCGGCUGGCUGCCCGACGUGGCGUGCGUGCUGUGGCGGCGCAUGCUAGCAGCGUUGGGCGACCCCAACGCGCUGCGCGACCCGCACGCUCACCACCACCUCUUCAACUACCUCGUGCAUCUCAACGCGACCCUGCUCAAGAUAAGCGCGAACCAAACGCUCAAUGGAAACACGGAAAUACACGUGCCCUUCAAUCUUGUGGCCGGCUGGUGUCUUGAAGCCGAGGCGCUGCCCUCAUCGCACAGAGCGGGCAAGUUGGUGGCGCUGCGGCUGCUAUGCGAGGCGACGGCGGCACAAGCGCAGGGCCCGGGCGCGCCGGCCGCAUGCAACGGGCGGCCGCACCUCGCGCACCUGCAGCUGUACCAGCGCGCGCUGCACCACGGGCUGACGGGCGAGGACCGGUCGGUGGUGGACGUGCUGGUGGAGCACGCGGCGCCGCGCUACCUGUCGCUGGCGCUGGACGGCCACUCGCUGCUGCUGCUCGACUUCGUGCACGCCUCCACCGUCGUGCUCAACUCCUCCGACUGCGGGCCUACGUGCCCCCGCACAGCGGCCGUGACGUUCCUGGGCUCGCUGCUGGCGCUGCCGGACGGGCUGAUGAGCGCCCCCAUGCUGCAGCCCUACCCGCACCAGUACAACACGGUGUCCUGUCCAGAUCUGAAGGAGCACGUGCUGAACAUCGUAGUGCGCGUGUGCCGGCGCGAGGGCGCGGCUGCGGCGCGCUGUGCGGGCGCGUGCGCGCUGGCGGCGCACUGCUGCCACCUGCUGGCGACGCGCGCGCAGUGCGAGCGCCUGCCCGCCUACGUCACGUGUCUGCUGCAGAUGCUCAUGAUGAAGAAUAAGAUGAUAGCCAAAGUAGUGAGCGACGCUGUAUUGGUGCUGGCUGACUACACAGACCGCAUUGUGGAAUUAUAUCCAGGCUUAGCUGAAAAAAUAAUAAAGUGGAUCUGCGCUUGCCUCGCCCAAAUAUCGAGUAGCAGCUCUCGCGACUCAGUGAAGCCGCUCGCCGGCUCGCUACUGCUGUGCCUCGCCGAGUUCGCGGUGCGCUGCGGGCCCGCGCGGCUCUUGGCCCACACGGACGGUGAACAGACGCUCUUGCUCGUCAUAUUCAGGGUGUUAUACGCAGUGAUGAAAGGAACAAAUGGAUCUGAUAUAGAAGGUCUCUCGUUGCCCGUCGACGAAGACUUCGACCCGAACAUUCAGCUCGACAAUUUGGCGCCCAAAUCGACACCGGCGUCAACCAUUGAUGUCAAGCUUUGGGCUCAAACGAUAUGCUCACAACUGGUACUAUACCUGGGCCACUGGCCGCUGUGGAGCGGGUGUCAGACGUCGUCGAGCGUGUGCGAGCAGCACGACACGGCGCUGGGCUCGGAGCUGGGCGCCGCCGUGCUGACCGCGCCGCAUGUGCAGCUCAUGCGCUUCAGCGACGCCACGUUGGCCAGCCUCGUGGAGCUGCCGGCGAUACACCAUACCACACCGGGGCUGAUGACGUCAGACCGCCAAGUGCGAGUGCUGCUACGUGACAUAUGCGGCAAGGCGUGCUGGGACGCAUCGGCGCUGUACUACGACCCCUCUGUCGCCUCCUCCGAACCUCUAGAACUACUCCCGUUGCCCAAAAUUGUCGCCAGUCCAAGGGACAACACGCUAUCAUCACUCCCACCGCCGCUACCUGCCGACUUGUUGCCCGACUACAAGAACUCGCCACCCGACAAACAUCAAUUGGAUCAUGUGUUAGCCUACAUAGGGCACACGUCGCCCGAGGUGACGUGCGGGCGGCGGCUCGACGAGGUGGGCGCUUCGCCCCUGGCCGCGGGGCUGGAGGAUGAGCUGGUGUGCGCGCUGGUGGCGCACCGGAACUCCGAGCGGCACUACCUCGCCAACCGUGACAGUGACGACGAGUCGGAAGGUUGGGAUAGCUGUCCUACCGGAGACCCGGGCCCGUUCGAGCAGAGCCGCCUGCUGGUGUCGCAGCUGGGCACGCUGGGCGCCGCGCGCCGCCCGCACGCGCAGCUGCUGCGCCGCUCCGACCGUCUGCUGCGCGAGCUGAGGAACCUCGACGCGCAGAGAUGCAGAGAAACGCACAAAGUGGCGGUGAUCUACGUGGGCAAGGGACAGGAGACUCGCAACGAAAUCCUCUCCAACCGCUGCGGCAGCCCCGCCUAUGAGGCGUUCCUUGCUGCGCUCGCUUGGGAGGUGGAGUUGGAGAGUCACGUGGGGUUCACGGGCGGGCUGCGGGGCGGCGGCGGCGGGGGGGUGAGCGCGCCGUACAUCGCCACGCUCACGCUGGAGGCGCUGUUCCACGUGGCCACGCGCAUGCCCGCCGACUCGCCGGACGCUAUACUCAACAAGACGCGGCACCUCGGCAACGACGAGGUGCACGUGGUGUGGAGCGAGCACUGGCGGCCGUACAAGCGCGACACGCUGCCCACGCAGUUCUGCGACGUGCUCAUCGCGCUGUACCCGCUGCCCGGCGGCCUGCUGCGCUGCACCGUCUCCAGGAAGCCGGACGUGGCAGUGUUCGGUCCGCUGUGGGAGGAGUGCGUGAUCCGCGUGAGCUGCUGCGCCGCCCUGGUGCGCGGCGCGGCGUUCGCGGGCGGGCGCGCGGUGCGGGCCACCAUGCCGCUGUACCAGCACGCGUGCAGCGAGCGCGCGCGAGACCUGGACGCGCUGGUGCACAGCCACACGCAGCCCGCGACGUUCGAGACGUUCGUGACGCGCGUGCGCGAGCCCGUGCCGCACCCGCACCCGCACCACGCGCUCGACCAGCUGGCCGCAGACCAAACCAGCGGUCGGCUCGCCAACGCGCUCAUAGACCACGGCGCGAGCUCGUGGGCGGGUUGCGGGGAGCCCCACUCCGUGUCGCCGCGGCCCACCAAGCGACUCGGCCCGUUCAAGCGCCCGCCGCAACCCGCCGCCACGCCGCAACCCGCACCUCCUGCCCGCCACAACCGGUGAGCUAGGCUCUCGCAACCCUCACCAGAGAUUACGCUAAUAUUUAAUAAAUCAGCCCCCUUCGAAGGAGACCACACUCUCGCGUCUUCAGUUGCGUCCUGUUAAUACAAUCAGCACUUCUAGACUGCCGCACCGGAGAGAUUACGCUAAUAUUUAAUAAAUCAGUCUUCAGUUGCGUUGAGUCCCGUCCAUACUGUUACGAACUAGGGUUCGAAGAUUUGGAAUGAUCCAUUUGAAUUUGAGACUUUAUUUCACUCAUUAAUGUACCAAUACACAAACGUAGGCAAUUCGUUGUCCAAAAUCGAUCGAAAAACUUUUUUCACUUGUAUCGCUGGUAUCACUUGAUGUCACUUCUCUUCGUUCCGAAGUUAAACUGCCCCAUGAAGGCCGUUCGGCGCGUACCCGUUAGAAUUAAUCUAGACCAUUCUGGAAACGCCUACACGCGUGUUGUUUGUUCCACGAAAUUCGACAAAAAACAAUAACAAAAGGUUGUACACAACUCGAUAUGGGUGUGUGAAUAUGAACCUUAUGUCUCUAGUAAUAGGGUUCUCCGUAAUUAAUCGGCGCUUCUAGAGUAUAUUAUGUCUACUUGGCAAACUUUCAAGAGUGAAAUGAACUGUCACCUGCACCAUCCAACAUGAAACAAGUUGUAGCUUGUAAUUGGUCAGCAGUCAGGACGCUGAUUCAAACGCAAGUGAGGAAUCAUUGACACGGCUUUCCUUUUUACCACCGUACUUUUGAUAGUAUUGCGUGUGGCUAUUGAAGUUAUUUAUAAGUAUCACAAAGAUAUACUAAGAGUUACAAUGAAAAAAUUGUGCUUCUUAAUCAUAUUUGUAUGUAAAGAUGAAAGAUAAAUAUGUAAUGAUCGUGAUAACGAAGAUCAAAAUUGAUUUCUGUUAAAAUUUUUCUUAUGACUAAGCCCUCAUUCGCACGAGAGCUUUUUUUAACGGACGUUAAAAAGCGUUUAAAUAUAGUAUGAAUUUAAAUAAAGGUCUAUUUUCAACGCCCAAAAUUGAAAAUGCAACACUGCUCGAAAAAAAAGCGUUGUGUUUUAAAAACGCUGUCGUGUGAACAUAUACUUGUUAAUAAACUCUCGUGCGAAUGAGGGCUUACAUCACGAUAAAUUCUUCUAGUAGUUUUAAAAACUAUAUCGGCUUUCUUAAUACAAUUAACGUCGGCCUUGUGUAUAUUACGCGAAAUGUAAAUGUUUUGUUAUCGUUUGAUCGAUUAUAAUGAAAUAAAUAAAAGGUUCAAUGCAUAUAGAUGUAAACUUUAGGAAUGUGCUGGACUAUAGUGCGUGCAAGAUAAAUUUGCGCGUAGCCAAAAUCGGAACUAAUCAAAAGUGCCGCCAUCUUGUCGUCCAUCACUAUCUAUCUCUUGGCGGGUAAAAGAGAUCACUAACGCUGGCAAACAUCUUGCGCGCACUCUAUUUUUAAAGCCAUUGUAAUUCAAGUUGCAAGAAUCGUGAUUAAUAAUAAUCCUUGAUAACUGAAUGUAUAACUAAAUUAUUUUUUCCAGCCAUUUCAACAUAUUGACACAUUGUAAUUGUGUGUAUUCUAUAAACAAAUGCAUGAAGUCAUUUCAGUCACUCUUCUGAUAUUUGAGACACUAAAGUGAAAGUCGAAAGUGUGUACAAAUCCAUUGUUAAACACUUUACUUUACUUUUCACUUUACUUACCUAUCAUUUUGAAUUGAAAGAGAGGUUAAUGUAUCAUAAUUUGGUUUUGUGAGUUUAUUUAUUUCAUUUAAUUGAAUGAAACUUGUAAUAUUUGUAUAAAUACAUGUAUAAAAAUCGUACUUUAAGAAACACUUAUAAAUGUGAUGUAACCACAUUAUGUAGUGAAACCACACUAAAAUUUUUGUAUAGUUUAUAUGCCGGACGCAACUAGUUGGUCUUAACUGCGGACAAGGAUAACAGGGAAUGAAACGUAACACAAACAAUAGCUUGGCAAGUUCUUUGAUGUCACUCCGAUGAUAUGCGGGAGAUGGGAGGGGAAGGACUGCACGGGUAUGAAGUCGCGCGAGGCACCGUUAAACCACUCCCGGUCCCCGCAGACCAUCGGGAGUGUUACGAACGAAUUUGUCAAGCUAUAAGUGAAAUGUCCAAUGCCCACGCUUCCACCUUAUAGCGCAUUCUGCGGUCGGUGGUCUAUAGAUUAUGCGCUUUUUUAUAGAAAGUUUUGGUGUGAUAAAUAGCUUGAUUACAUAAUAAAUUAUCGAUAAACGACUCAACUCUGUGAAAUUGUACAAAUAGUGUUAGAACCCAUCCAACAUUCCUAACAAUGAGAGGAUGUUAUAAACAGCAGUUUGAACGCAUUUGCUUUACGCGUUGUUUAAACAACUUAGCACAUCACAGAUAAGGACCCUGGAUGGGUAUAAAACUAAUCAGUUAUUUUGUAAAAAUUAAAAUGAGUUGAGCCGUUUGUGUAAUUUACCAUUAUGGAAACACUUAAGUUUAAUUUUAAAGUUAAUUGCUAAUAGACAAACUACAUUUUGAUUCUUCGUCUGCGCGCUACAUGGGUGCGAAGUAUUAUAAGAAGAAGGCGAUAGGCGUAUUCUUUAUUAAUUCAUUGUUAGGUGUAUGUGUUGCCCACACCUGUAUGAAUGUACGUAGAAUAUAGUGCUGCAAUAGGGAUGAUGACAGUUUUUUAAAUUGUAUAUAAAUUAGAAGUAUGCUAAUAGUAAGGCAAUUUUGUAGAAGUAACGCCCCAUACAAAAUGGCACGAAUGACGUCAUCUAUCAAAGUGAUCAUUAGAUAUGGGCUAUCAAACAAAAUAACGAAUAUCCUUGUAAUUUGUGCGUUUGUUUAUACUUCAUAUAAUGAAAAAUUAUACAUUGAAAAAUUAUACAAAAUUCAUACAUUCUUAGCUUCUGUAAGGCAGCUAAGAAUGUAUGUUCAACUAAAUACUAUAAAAGAUUUCUAAUUGAUUCAUUUAUUUUUUUACGUAUUAAUUAGUUACUUACCCGAAUGUCUCAUAUAAAUCGAUAUAUUGAAACCGAGUCAUCAUCCCUAUUUUUUGAUCGCUAACCUAAACCUAAAAUAUACUCAUAGGCACAAUUAUCCACCCCCUUUAAUAUGACGCGAGUAUAUGAAAGUGUCUCUGAGUAUAAAAUAAAUAUCGUCAUAAUUCCGCACUCCUGUAAUGUGCAGGCGAGGACUCACUUAUGUAGUUUUCCUUAAUUAUUUACACAGCAGGAUGGAAACACGGGGAUUUGAUAUUAUUAAUGUUAGAUUUUUAUAUUAAUGUUAGAGACUAUUUAUAUAGUCAGUGUAACCAUAGGUCGUCCACGAUGAGAUUGUUUACACAUAAUAAUAAAAUGAAUAUUACGGACUUAAUGAAAUUUUUUGUACUUAAUAAUUUAUUGUAUAAGACGUAAGGUAUUUAAAUAAUAUACAUAGAUUAAUUGCAUUUAAAAAAUAUAAUUAAUUAGUAAGUUUUUCUAACUAACGGCUUAUAUGUUUAUGAAUUAAUCGAUUUCAAUCGUCUACGAAGCCAAAUAACAGUCAAGGCGUAACUGAAUUGUCUCUCAUAAUAUGAGUUAUCAAUGUAAUUGAAGGCUUAAUAGUAUUAUAUUUUGUAUUUUAUUAACAUUGUUAAAAAUUAAAAAAAAAGACGAAUUAUGAGAGAAAAUAAAAGCUAGGUUACAAGCAAAUGUGGAUCGUAUAAAUCUGCUACAAAACAGGACAGAACUUUUGACAUUUACUGUGCAAUAUUCUAUCUUCUGUAUAUACUUUUUUUUUAAUUUAAAGCAGUUUAAUAGUGUGUAUCCUUCAUACUUAUUUACUUCAAAAGAAACAGUAUUUAAUUUGUAUUAUUUUAUAACCUAUUGGUCUUUUAUUUUCUAGAUAUCUUGAAAUUAAUUAGUGUUCUUUCUCGAUAUUUCUUUUUAUUUAAAUACUACUCUCUUGCAAAAUUUUGCGCUUUAAAACCAGACCUUAUACUCUUAGUUUUAAAACCAUAGUUCUUUUGUAUAUCCCACUAGAAACAACCUUAAAAGUAGGUAAAUUACAGUAUACAUUUUAACUUAAUAGAUUAUCAAAAAGAAGCAAACUUUUUGAUAUGUUAUAAAGAAAGGAAAUGAUACAGAGCUCAUAUUAUGAGCGAUAGUUCAUAGAAGUAGGUAAAAGUAAUUUGCCGAUAGCAAUGAUUUGUCUGUACAUAUGUAAUCUAGUUAUAGAGCUUUAACUGUUGUAGGCUACUUUUAUUUAUUUAUUUACAAUAGAACCAGUUUUAUAAGUUGCAACUAUCCUUAUAUUGAGAGAGUGAAUAUGAUAACAAUAUUAUUAUAUUAAUGAAAUACAAUUAUUUUAGCUUGAGUAACUUAUUAAAGUAUUUUAUUUUAGGGGCUAUUUUCUAAGCACAGAUUACCAAAAAAUACUUGUGGUAUCAGUGAUUUAUAUUUCUGUUUAGGCUUUAACUACAUUGUUUGUAUGAAGGUACAUAAUUAAUUUCCACAAAAUAGCGCAUGUUAUCUGUUAAAUAAUAAUGAUUUACUUGCAACAAUUCAAUAUUGUUUUCGAAUAAAAUAUAUGUUCAACUGAAUAGUUAUGAAAUAUAUGAAAAGUCCAUUUAAUAACUUUUAUAUUAUUUAAUUAUAGUUACAAUUGAUGUUUGCUAGUGGUAGUUGUAACUUAUAGAAGUGGUUAUAUUCUUAUUUUGUGCUAGUAAUUGUAAAUUAAGGCACUAAUAAUACAAUCGGCUUUUACUUGGUAUUUUCAGUCCAAUGUUAAGUACAUUUUUAACAUUGGACUGAAAUGUCCAAUGUAUUUUUAUGUAUAUCUGUUGUUAUAAGCCAAUUGGAUGCUGUGCGAUUUUUAUAUAUCAGCAAAUUACAUGACUGAGUCCUUGCUUGCCCAGUACAGAGGUGCAAGGAUAAUAUAAUGACAUGGGAACGAGUGAGGAUCUCCCAUAACGUGACGGGUAGCAGCGACAGUGAUUGAACCAUCAUUUUUUGUAGAGGAAACACCUCAAGCGGGUCCCAGGACUUGUGCCCUUAGGUGUAGGGUUAAGGGAUCCCUUUAGAAUGCAUUAAAACUCACCUCCCCUGACAUGUUCUUAAUGCUCACACUAAGCAAUUCAUAAUCAAUAAUUACAACAUAAAACAUUAUUGCUUUGUAAAACGACUAGCAGCGUGACGGUGUUUACGCUGGCUAACAAAAAUAUGAUCAAAUACCCUUUUAAUGAUACUAUCACUGUCGUAAAAACAUUAUACUUUCUUUCUUUCUUCAGAAAUACCUUCUUUUUAUAAUAAUAAAUGUAAAUACCACCCGUACUCGAGGAAGGCAGGCGGGAUCUUCAUUCAUUCAUUCAUUGGCAUUUGCGCAUCACUGACCCGAACUUUACGCUCCCCUUGGUCGACAUACAUCCACUCCACUGUACCGCGCAACAGAGGACUCAGUAAUGCGGUUUGCGUUUACUACUCAAAUAAUUAUUUAACGGUCUCGGCUAUAAAUCAAUAUUCCUCUACAUACUCAAGCUGUUUGUUUUACCUACUUUGCUUUUUAAUUUAUCUACAACAGUUCUCUUUUUUUUUUACUAAACGAGAAGUUAUACUACGAUCUCAUUUGAUAAGUGAGCAUUCAGUCUAAAAUGGCAACUUAGAAGACGUUACAGAAUUCAAUUCUUACCUCUUGAGUGGUUUUACAAGACAUCAUGCCGGAACUAAAUCGCGGUUAGCAUUAUGUAUUUGCCGGUAGGGUGGUAACUAGCCACGACUGAAACCUUCCAUCAAAACCAGACAUUAAUGAAAAGUGGACCAUUUGCUCGUUUUGUCAACUAUUACCAAGCUUGUAAUAUUUCAUAUUGGAAAUUUUUUUAGGUAUGAAUACAUUUGUCAUUUCUCAAAAACUACUGAUGCCAUUUGGAUGGAUGAAUGUAUUUCGGUAUGGUGAAUUUAUUGAUGGUUUCAAAAACCUUUGAAAAAACAUUUACUUUGCUCUGGAUUACAGUUAAAAGCAAAGUUACACAAAUUGGUCAAUAGUAUCUCAGGAAAUUCGAAUAUUUCUUAAAAUUCAUUUUUUAAGAACUUUUAUUUAGGGCCACAAUAUAGUGAUCUGUUAUUCUUUGUUUUAUAGCCAUUUGUCUGAAUGAAAAAAAUUGGUGCUAUGGAGAUUUGAUUAACAUUCCAAACUCUAAAUGAGAUUUUUUUCAAAAUUUUAUAAUAAAGUCGACAUAAAAUAAAUCAUACUAUAUUAUAAAUGAUACAUAGUCUUCAUCAUUUAUCAUUAUUAUCAGCCGAUGCACGUCCACUGCUGGACAUGGGCCUCUUGCAUGGACUUCCAAGCACAACAAUCUCAAACAGGCAGCAUCCAGCAGUUUCCUGCAAUCCGCUUUAUGUCCUCGGUCGACCUAGUGGGGGUGUUGACCAACACUGCGCUUUCCGGUGCGGGGUCGCCAUUCUAGCACCUUGGGACCUUAACGUUCAUCGGCUCUUCGAACCCUGCACUGCACUGCAGCUUCGCGAUUCACUGAACUAUGUCAGUUACUUUGGAUCGUCUGCGGAUCUCAUUUCUGAUUCGAUCACUCAGAGAUACUCCAAGCAUAGCUUUUAUGUAUAUUCACAUAGUCUUACUCUUAUAUACACAUUAAUUAUGUAUAUAGGUACACAUUAAUUGUGUACUGUACAACUGAAGUUUUUUGAUAACUCAUAAUAGGUAUUUCAGAGUAUGAUUUUUCUUUGUUGAGUAUCCAUAGUGAAAUUGAGAUUCAUAGUGAAAUUCUAGCCAUAAUGAUCUGCUUGCAUUUAAUUUAAAAUCAAAUGUUUUGAAUACACUGAUGCAUUCCACUAUAGUUUAUGUUGUUUGUAAUAUUACUGAAGUAUUUUACAAUUAUCUGGCAACUCAACACAUUCUACUUGUGUAUUGUGUAUACAAAGAUACUACUGCCGCUGCGUCACCCGUACGAAUCAGGCUGACACGCGGCCGCGUGUCUCGAUAUUUAAUGCAAGGAUGCACGUUGCACAUGUUUCGCUUCAUAGAUACAACACAAAAUAGUGGUAGAAAAUGCCUGAAUGCCUUUUGCACAGUAUGUAUGCAAAUGUGUGGAGGUGCCAAGAUAUAUCAAUUUACAUAAUUGUAAACAUUCUUGCACGUGACAUUGUCGCCUCCAAACAGCUGAGAAUAAUACAAUUUUAUGUUUUCGUUUAUCAAACCCUGUUUAAUGUUUGUGUGUCUGCCUGUGGCAUCGUACCUCCUAAAUGUUAAACCAAUUUUAUUUAUGAGUUAUUUAUAUCUAUAAAAACUUGUUUUUUAUAAGGAAAAAUCCUGGCUUGUUUUUCUAUAUUGUUGGCCCAAUUGAUUUGUAUUGAUCAAGGUUGCAUAUUAGCUUUAUUGUAUUUGGGUACCAUGGACCAUGUAGUUUUUUUUUGUCAAAGCCUAAUUCAGUAUGGGCCAAAAAGGCAUACAAAUAAAGUAUUCUUCUAUUCUGUCUUAUGAUAAUAUUGUUCCACCAUGGACUACAAUGCCACUUUGCUGUAUGGAUUUGUUUUAAUUUUCUAUUUUAACAGUAUUUAAUAGAUGCUAAGACUGACAAGAGUAUGUAUUAUAAUUAUUAAGUAUUAAAAAUGUUAUAUUUUUGUCAUUGGCGCGGUAUUAAAAAUAUGGUAUAUAAUAACUUAUUAAUUUACCUUAUUUGUUUUAUUCUAAAAUGUAACAUAAUAAUAUAAAGCUUGAUAAAUUGUCAUUGUUUAUGUUAACAAUAUAUCCCAGAUAGAUCAAUAUAUCCAAAUUUUUUAUAAAACAAUGCAACAAUAAAAUUUUAUGAGACUUAAAA